GUGUGCUCACUCGUCUUCACUGCGGGUGUGGCAGAAAGAUGGGUGAGCACACUGUCGCUUGCGCCAAGCGAUGGCUUCCACAACCAUUUCAACGCUUUGCAGUAGUGACAUCUUUGAGAUGGUUGAUAUUGCAUUUCUACUGCCAGUCGCACACCCUCAAACCGCUCAACACCGCUGCGAAGCGUUCAUACACCAGGCGCGAUGGGCAAGAACAGCUCCAAGAAGGCUGCGCGCCAUGCCCGCGCCACUCAAGACUUCUUCAACCAGGUUCCGGAAUCAUCUACUGGAGAUUCGGCCAAGACGUCGACCGGGGCUUCUUCAAUUUCUACUCCCACGAACGUUGCAGAUGCUCUUGGAUCCUUUGUCAACCCCGCGAACGCUGCCAAUUCCCGUCUCUUGACUGGAACCUUUCAAGCGUUUGAUCUGAGAGACGACUACAGACAAGCCGCCUGUUUACUCGGAGAGCGCAUCUACCACACCUUUGAGAGGAACAAGGAAGCCGCUCGAGAUCUCCUCCGUCACCUGUUCACCACCGCUUACUUGACUGUCGACAAGUCGACUGGCAGGAGAGAGUGGCGUCUCGACACGGACAUCAAAUACGAGAUCGUUGAAGCCAUCCACUCCACGAAACUCAUCGGCCUUUUCACUCAUCAGAGACCCAUCAAGAACUCCAAUCCAACUCGCCUUGAGUACGUCAUCGACGGCCCAUCCUUUCUUGACGAGUUCGACGUGGUUGGCAUCAUUGUCGACUUCUUCUUGGACUGGUCGGUUGAGUGUGCGGAUUUUCUUCGCGAACACCCAGAUCUCAGAAGCCUCGACAUCUCCCUGCUCGAAUACCGUGACAAACACCUUCCAUUUGCCUGUAUCGGCAUCAUCGAGAUCGCUGCUGCUAUCAAAGCCGGAGUUCCUAUUGACCUCGACCCUCGCCCUCUCGAAUUCUUCAUCGCCGUUAGAAUGAACAAGAUGGCUGGUGAGCAGAACCUCUUCGUCCAGGGAAAGCCAAAGAAGGUUACCCGCAAGAACAAAGGUGAAGGCAAAUUGAAGGCUACUGAACCCACUGCCACCGGAAUGGAGCACACUGCCGAAGGUUUUGAAGAGAAACAAGAUGACAAAGAACAUGUCACCAACAUGAAUGCCACUGUCGAAGAUGCCGAAGAUGAAGACGAUGUCAACAAUGGUGAUGUCGCCACCACUAGCGCCGCUGCUGAGCCCGCUGUCACCACCAUGGAGUCUACUGCCGAAGUUGCCAAAGACAAGAAUGUCAACAACGGUGCUAUUACUCUUCCUGCUGCUGGCACUGGCGCUGGUGCUGACGCUGGCACUGCUGCUGUCGCAGGUACUACUACUGGCACUCCCACUCUCACUCCCGCUACCGCUACUGGUCUCAACAUUCCUGUCGCCCCUGACUCCGUUGCGACUCUGAUUGCUGGUGCUCGAGCCCUUUCCAUCAACGACUCUCGCCCAGGCUCAGACGAUCCGUACAGCCUUCGCACUCGCAAUCGUCACAUUCGACGAACCAUGGGUGCUCGUGGCUUUUACAUGAACAACGACUCCACUGCAGCUGGUGACGAUCCGUUCAAUCUUCGCACUCGUCCGAGACUUCCUCAGGCAUCAGCCAACUAUGUCGACCCUUUCACUGAUGCUGACGCUCCUACCCCCACCGGCGCUCCUGUUCCUGACGAAGAUCCACGCCCUCGUCGCGGUGACAGACUUCGUGCAAACACUACCAACCCCGGUGCCACUACUUUUACUUCUCCCAUGACUGCGACUGACGCGUCUGGUACUGCCGAGUACACUGAUCCUCCUCCCCGUGUCCGCGCAGGUCGUCGCCGUACUUCUGGUGCCACUGCCGGGUCCCGCAACACUUCUUCUGGUGCCACUGCCGGGUCCAACAACACUUCCCCCCCGCUAGGCGAGACUGCGGCUCGGCGCCUUGCCAAGAACCGACUCUACCAGGAGCUUCAGGAUCUUGUCAACACCAACUUCCCUUCUGCCGCGGCUCGCCGUACCGCCUUUGCGCAGGCUAGACAGCGCCUUCUCCGUUCGGAGACCGUGGCGGUCGCGCGCGGCGAACAGCCGUUGCGUGCCACUGCAACCAGAGCCACCCAAGAGGCGCUCACCAUCGGCCGCGACGAUGCGUUGAAUGCGGUCCGUCAGCAACGUGCAGCAGAGGCCGCUCGGAUGAGGGCCACCAGAACUGGAACUGAGGCGAACGCGCGUGCCCGAGAGCAGGGAUUCGGGUUCGACAUCGGUGGGAUGGGCGGCUGGUAUGGCGAGUUGGAGGCCAUGCAGAUCCAGGCUCUUCGGGGCAAGAAGAGCGAUGGCAAGAAGGAAGGCGAGGCCGACAAGAAGGUCGGCGGCGAUGAGAAGAAGGACGGCGACGAGGCCGAGAAGUGAGAUGAUCGCUGCUCAAGGCAGUUCCCUUACGUGAUCGUUCGGUUGAAAGCCUGGCCUGUUUGUUUCGAGUAUUUACACCAAUGAUACCCAUCAGAGGGUUGCUCACCCCAGUAGAGGGUUGAGCCAAUGCACUUCAAAAGUGCCAUAAAUUCAUCAAACUCAC